CCUGCAUCACAAGUACCGAGUACCGCUGCACCGCAUCUGCCUUUUUCCUUUCCAUCUCCCCCAACAUCGCGUGUGCAUCAGCUGAAGAUGGUGAACUGCCGCUUGCAGAAGAGGUUGGCCGCCAGCGUGCUCAAGGUUGGCCGCCGCAAGAUCUGGAUUGACCCCAACGAGGUUACAGAGAUCUCCAACGCCAACAGCCGCAAGAGCGUGCGCAAGCUCAUCAAGGAUGGCCUCAUCAUCAAGAAGCCCCAGAUUGUGCACUCCCGCUCCCGCGCACAGCGUCACCUCGAGGCCAAGCGGAAGGGCCGCCACACAGGCCAUGGUAAGCGUAAGGGUACCGCCAACGCCCGUAUGCCUGUGAAGGUCCUGUGGAUGCGGCGCCAGCGUGUCCUUCGCCGUCUUCUGAAGAAGUACCGCGGCACCAAGAAGAUCGACUCCCACCUCUACCACGAGCUCUACCUCAAGAGCAAGGGUAACGUGUUCAAGAACAAGCGUGUGCUUAUGGAGUACAUCUUCAAGCGCAAGGCAGAAGCCGCCCGCCAGAAGCUGCUCGCAGACCAGGCCGAGGCCCGCCGCCAGCGCAACAAGGCCGCCCGCCAGCGCCGUGCAGACCGCCUCGCCAAGCGCCGCGAAGACCUCAUUGCUUCUGCUGCUGCUGUUGACAAGAAGCAGAAGAAGUAAGCGUGCAUGAUGGGGGAAAUGUGGUGUUUGUCUUUUGGUGCUGUCUGGUCCUUUGUGCGCGAUGGCAGUGUAUGCUCUCGCUCUCGUUCAUCAAUACACAGCCAUAACGGUUCACAAGAAAGAAG